GAGAAAUUAAACAUCUUUCUUAUAGAGAAUUAUUCAAUGGUGGAUUCCAUACAACACCAUUUUCUUGUGUUUUUCGUCUCUCUUUUUCUUUUCUUUUUUUUGUUGGGUUUGUUUAUUUAAUUUGAUCUUAUCAAGGUCUACCAUGUAGUGUUUAUCUUUAACCCUUUAAUCUUUCUUCUCCAAACUUACCACUAAUCCUUUGAUUUUUAUACCAUCUCUUUGGUUAUUCAUCACCUCAUCAGCUUUAACCAUGGAGUUGGAUUAUCAUGAGAAAAUUUUUUGUAACAAGAGAAGAAGAAAGGUUGAAGAUGAUUUUUCACAGACAACAACUGGGAUGGAAGUUCUGCCUCGUGAUGUUGUUCUUGAUAUACUUUCCAGGCUACCAAUAACAUCUUUAGUUCAAUUCAAGUUCGUCUGCAAAGGUUGGCGUGCGUUGGUUCAAGAUCCUCUAAUUGCAAAUCUUCAUCUUUCAACCAAACCUCAAGCAAACAACAACCCAUGUCUCAUCCUUCACUGUGAUUUUCCCAUCAGGAACGAUCUUUACUUCAUAGAUUUUUCUGCUCACAAAGACGAUGAAAAAGACAAGGUAAGAAAAUUUCACAUGCCUUUCCAAGCCAAGAUGCCUGAGUUUGAUGUAGUUGGUUCAUGUAAUGGCUUGCUUGCCUUGUCUGAUUCAUUAUACAAUGAUUCAAUCUAUAUAUACAAUCCUUUCACCCGGGAUUAUAUUGAAUUGCCUAAAUCUCUGCAAUACCCUGAUCAAGAAGUUGUGUUUGGAUUUGGAUUCCAUCCGAUUAGUAAACAAUACAAGGUGAUUAGAAUAGUUUAUUAUAGAAGAAACAACUGUAGUAAUAGUAGCAACUACCAUCAACGAGCCCGGAGAACAAUUUAUCGAAGAUCAGAUGUUCAAGUUUAUACUCUAGGCAGCCCUGCCUGGAGAAGCCUUGGAAAGUCAUUAUAUCAGUUUUUGAGGCGGCCGUCGGAGGCUUUGGUGAACGGGAGACUUCAUUGGGUAACUAGGCCUCGGAGAUAUAGCCCAGCUCGUCGGAUAGUCUCAUUUGACUUGGCUGAUGAGCAAUUCCGGGAGGUUCCCAAGCCUGAUUGUGGUGGUCUCAAUAGGUGUAACUAUCACCUGGCUGUUCUUAAAGGGUGUCUUUCUGCAGCAGUUUAUGGAAAUUAUGGGAAAUUGGAGAUCUGGGUUAUGAAAGAUUAUAAUAACAAUGAGUCCUGGAUUAAGGAGUUUAAUAUUGGAGCUUAUAUCCCAAAGGGGCUCAAAAAAAACCCUGAUAGACCUUUCAAGAUUUGGAAGAAUUCAUCCAACGGAAGAGUUGUUAGAGUUCUGUGUGUUUUAGACAAUGGGCAGAUCUUGUUGGAGUAUAAGAACAGAGUUUUGGUAUCUUAUGAUCCAAGGGGAAUAUUUAAGGAUCUCAUGUUUCAGAAUCUACCAAGCUGGUUUCAAACCAUUGUACAUCAAGGAAGCUUCAAUUGGAUUGAUACUCCUCUUGAUAUUUAAGCUGCAGAAAGUUGAAGUUCUGGUACUUCUUUUCCAUUCACACAAGAGGCACCUAACAUUAUCCUCCAAUAUGGUUCUGAAUGCCUUUAACUCUGCGAGUGCAAAGUGGCCGCCAGCACUUGCAAGAAAUUUAUAUUUUUUGUUACAAGUCCUAAAGGAGCCCUUCAAUCAU